UAUACCCACAUUGCCCCCUCUCCCCAUCCCAUGUCCUUGCCGAGCGACUCCGCGACCCAGACCCCUCGCUCCGUGCAUCUUCUUCCUCCUCGCGCGAGCGCCGCCACCCAUCCCGCUGCCGAGUGCCCGAGCCCCCUAGCUCGUCUUCCUCCUCGCUCGAGCGCCUCCACCGCAGAUCUCCACUUCGAUUCUCUCGCUCCCGACCGUUUCUACUCCCAUCACCCCACGAACGGAUUCCGCCCUUUAGAUCCCCGUUUCAUAAUCUUCCCCAAUUCGUAACUGAGGCAAAAAUCAAGGUAGGGUGGCCGCCCUACCUUGCCUUACUGGGUCCUCCGCCCGUGCUUAAGGAUGGGAGCAGAUUGUUUAUUUUGGGAGCCAGGAAAAAUAUAAAUCUUAAUCUCAAAUUUGUUUGUUAUUUUCUGUUGGGUGUAACAUAACAUUGUUGUCCUUUUGAAGGUAUCGAUUGGUGUUCGUCGUCUUAAUCAUGGUGUUCAGCAAGGUGGAAGUGAACUUGAGAAGGCUGCUCGAGGCGGCUCCUCGGCAGCAGAAUCAGGCUAAGCUUGUCCAUUACAUAACCACAGCGAGGGAGCUGUUGGAGCAGCUUGGAACAGAAAUCACACCAGAAGGUGUAUCAAGUGUUUCAAAAGCUAAGCUAGGUGAGUAUUCAGAAAAGAUUGAAGCACUGGCUGCCACGCUCGCUGCUACAGUGCCAGAAAAUGAAAAUCCGGUUGAGGAGAGCAUAGAAGAACAAAGCUCUUAUGAAAGAGAAAAGGUUGGAAGUCCAAUAUCCUUGUCAUCCGGAUUGCGAAGGAGACCAACUACUCAGGUGGAGGUUGGACCAAGUAGUUAUGAGAGAAAAGAAAGAGAUACUGGAGCACCUAUUAAAUUGGACGCAGAGGCUCAGGCUCACAUUGAGAAGCAUAGGAAGCUGCAAGAUGAUCUGACUGACGAGAUGGUCGACUUAGCACGCCAGCUGAAGGAAAGCAGCCUUUUAAUGAACCAAUCCGUGCAAGAUACAGAGAAGAUCCUCGAUUCCACUGAGAGAGUCGUGGAGCAUAGCUUGGCGAGCACGGGGCGCGCGACGGCACGGGCCUCUGAGGUCUACUCUCUGGCUUCCAAGACGACCUGCUUCCAGUGGCUGCUCAUCUUCAUGAUGACCUGCAUGUUUGUCAUGGUGGUUCUGCUCAUACGAGUCACCUAAAAUGGCGCCGUAACCACUGAUGGUUACGUAUGCUCAGUUUCUCUAACUCCAGCCGAUAUAUAUUCUGUAAACUGUCCCAACAUGACAUGAACAUAAACAUGAGGCUGUGUUUGUCACCGUUGUCAUGCAAGUUUGUGAAGAAAGAUGUUCCCUGAUAUGACAUAGAGAUUGUUUUGGCCAGUCUCAAGCUUUAGAAAGUUUCGUUUAUUUUA